AUGAAGGAGAUGGUAGGAGGCUGCUGCGUAUGUUCGGACGAGAGGGGCUGGGCCGAGAACCCGCUGGUCUACUGUGAUGGGCACGCGUGCAGCGUGGCUGUCCACCAAGCUUGCUAUGGCAUCGUCCAGGUGCCCACAGGACCCUGGUUCUGCCGGAAAUGUGAAUCUCAGGAGCGAGCAGCCAGGGUGAGGUGUGAGCUGUGCCCACACAAAGACGGGGCAUUGAAGAGGACUGACAAUGGAGGCUGGGCCCACGUGGUGUGUGCCCUCUACAUCCCCGAGGUGCAGUUCGCCAACGUGCUCACCAUGGAGCCCAUCGUGCUGCAGUACGUGCCUCAUGAUCGCUUCAACAAGACCUGCUACAUCUGUGAGGAGCAGGGCCGCGAGAGCAGGGCCGCCUCGGGAGCCUGCAUGACCUGCAACCGCCACGGGUGUCGACAAGCUUUCCACGUCACCUGUGCCCAAAUGGCGGGCCUGCUGUGCGAGGAAGAGGUGCUGGAGGUUGACAAUGUCAAGUACUGCGGCUACUGCAAAUACCACUUCAGCAAGAUGAAGACUUCCCGGCACACCGGCGGGGGAGGCGGCGGAGCAGCGGCCGCAGGCGGCGCAGGCGGCGGCGCCGGGGGAGGUGGCGGUGGCUUCCUCGCUGGCCGGAGAAGCCGGUCAGCCUCCCCGUCCGCCCAGCAGGAGAAGCACCCUUCCCACCACGAAAGGGCACAGAAGAAGAGCCGAAAGGACAAGGAACGCCUUAAACAGAAGCACAAGAAGCGGCCUGACUCACCCUCCAGCAUCCUCACCCCACCCGCGGCCCCCGCUGCUGACAAGGCCUCAUCCUCAGCUUCCUCCUCCUCCCACCACGAGGCCAGCACUCAGGAGACCUCCGAGAGCAGCAGGGACUCAAAGGGGAAAAGGUCUUCCAGCCAUAGCCUGAGUCACAAGGGGAAGAAGCUGAGCAGUGGGAAAGUUGUGUCCCUGCAGAGCUCCCCGGACUUCUCUGCCUUUCCCAAGCUGGAGCAGCCGGAGGAGGACAAGUACUCCAAGCCCGCGGCCUCCACCCCUCCAGCUCCCCCCUCCCCCUCGGCUCCCGAGCCCCCCAAGACUGACCUCUUUGAGCAGAAGGUGGUCUUCUCCAGCUUUGGGCCCAUCAUGCGCUUCUCCACCACCGCCUCCAGCUCAGGCCGGGCCCGGGCCCCAUCCCCCGGAGACUACAAGUCUCCUCACCUCUCAGGGUCUGGGACCUCAGCAGGCACCCACAAGCGGAUGCCCACCCUGAGCGCUGCCCCCGCGCCCGCCGAAGAGACCCCCCCUGAGACAGGCGUGAAGGAGAAGAAGCACAAAGCCAGCAAGAGGAGCCGCCACGGGCCGGGCCGUCCCAAGGGCGGCCGGAACGAGGAGGGUGUUGGCGCCCCCGCGGCGCCCUCCCUGCCUGGCGCCCAGCUGGCUGGCUUCACCGCCACCGCGGCCUCACCCUUCUCAGGAGGCUCCCUGGUCAGCUCCGGCCUGGGCGGUCUGGCCUCACGCACCUUUGGGCCUUCUGCAAGCCUGCCCAGCCUGAGCCUGGAGUCCCCCCUGCUGGGGGCAGGCAUCUACACCAGUAACAAGGACCCCAUCUCCCACGGUGGCAGCGGAAUGCUGCGGGCGGUCUGCAGCACCCCCCUCUCUUCCAGCCUGCUGGGGCCCCCCGGGACCUCUGCCUUGCCCCGCCUCAGCCGCUCCCCGUUCACCAGCACCCUCCCCUCCUCUUCUGCUUCUAUCUCCACCACUCAGGUGUUUUCUCUGGCUGGCUCUACCUUUAGCCUCCCUUCUACCCACAUCUUUGGAACCCCCAUGGGUGUCGUUAACCCCAUCCUUACCCAAGCUGAGAGCAGCCACACAGAGCCAGACCUGGAGGACUGCAGCUUCCGGUGUCGGGGGACCUCCCCUCAGGAGAGUCUGUCUUCCAUGUCCCCCAUCAGCAGCCUCCCCGCACUCUUCGACCAGACGGCGUCCGCACCCUGCGGGGGCGGCCAGGUAGACCCAGCAGCCCCCGGGACGACCAACAUGGAGCAGCUGCUGGAGAAGCAGGGCGACGGCGAGGCCGGCGUCAACAUCGUGGAGAUGCUGAAGGCGCUGCACGCGCUGCAGAAGGAAAACCAGCGGCUGCAGGAGCAGAUCCUGAGCCUGACGGCCAAGAAGGAGCGGCUGCAGAUUCUCAACGUGCAGCUCUCCGUGCCCUUCCCCGCCCUGCCCGCCGUCCUGCCCGCCGCCAACGGCCCUGUCCCUGGGCCCUACGGCCUGCCUCCCCCAGCCGGCAGCAGCGACUCCUUGAGCACCAGCAAGAGCCCUCCCGGGAAGAACAGCCUCGGCCUGGACAACUCGCUGUCCACGUCCUCGGAGGACCCACACUCAGGCUGCCCCAGCCGCAGCAGCUCGUCGCUGUCCUUCCACAGCACGCCCCCGCCGCUGCCCCUGCUCCAGCAGAGCCCGGCCACGCUGCCCCUGGCCCUGCCCGGAGCCCCCGCCCCACUCCCAGCCCAGCCACAGAACGGGCUGGGCCGAGCAGCGGGGGCAGCGGGGCUGGGGGCGAUGCCCAUGGCCGAGGGGCUGUUGGGGGGGCUGGCGGGCAGUGGGGCCCUGCCCCUCAAUGGGCUCCUGGGGGGGCUGAAUGGGGCUGCUGCCCCCAACCCUGCAGGCUUGAGCCAGGCCGGUGGGGCUCCCACGCUGCAGCUGCCAGGCUGUCUCAACAGCCUCACGGAGCAGCAGAGACACCUCCUGCAGCAGCAAGAGCAGCAGCUCCAGCAGCUCCAGCGGCUCCUGGCUUCUCCACAGCUGACCCCGGAACACCAGACCGUGGUCUACCAGAUGAUCCAGCAGAUCCAGCAGAAGCGGGAGCUGCAGCGGCUGCAGAUGGCCGGGGGCUCCCAGCUGCCCAUGGCCAGCCUGCUGGCAGGAAGCUCUGCCCCCCUGCUGUCUGCGGGCACUCCUGGCCUGCUGCCCGCGGCAUCCGCCCCACCCCUGCUGCCCGCCGGAGCCCUGGUGGCUCCCUCCCUCGGCAACAACACGAGUCUCAUGGCCGCAGCAGCUGCGGCCGCAGCAGCAGUGGCAGCAGCGGGCGGCCCUCCGGUCCUGACUGCUCAAACCAACCCCUUCCUCAGCCUGUCGGGGGCGGACGGCGGCGGCGGCGGCGGCGGCCCCAAAGGAGGGACCGCUGACAAAGGAGCCUCAGCCAACCAGGAAAAAGGCUAA